CGAGUGGUAUAUUUUCUAGAGCCGGACGAAACGCUGUGAAGCACUGCUUCUCUCUCUUCCGCCCGCAACUUAAACUCUGGAUCCGCGUUAAAUGUUGGGAAAAUAAAAAGCAGUCGAAUUAAUUAACCAGCUCAAGUCGACGCUGAGCAGUGCGCGCAAUGCAGUUAGUGACUAGAUGAGAGUGAUAACCGGGGUCGAGGAACGUGUACCUAGAUCGCCAUUGAGAAACUCGGAACGCCGUUGGUCGAGCAGGGACGCUACUGCACCAGAAAAAGGAGUGGUACCUGCUGGUCUGUUGUGGAUAAGAACUAGCUUGGUCGCUGGUGGCCCAAGGAACACAUCUGAGUACACCUCCAAGUCCGCUCCUGGCGAGCCCCCAGUAAAUCCGCCGAACCGGGCCAAAAGAGAACCACAUGAGGUGAACGAUAUUAAUUGGCUGUGCGCAAUUACACAGUCACACGGAUCAGCUGCCACAGUAGCAACACACCCACACCCCACAGGAGCAGCGGCAGCAGCGAUUUCAUGGUAAUUGUCCCGUCAGCGACGAAAGCAAAGACCAAGAAAGAUACCUGAGCAGCCAGAGAUUAAGUGACACCACCUCCACCUUCCACUUGCAUUUUUUGUUUGUUGUAGCCACGCUCAGCGAAAGCAGUCGACAGCAGCAACAACAGCAAUAUGUAGGCGCUCCACAGCAGCAACACAUGAAAUACAAGCAAGAACAGCAGAAACCAACCCCAACAACCAGAAAAAUACCAAUAACUCCCAAUACAACACCUCAACAUCACCAAGAUAUAGAAACCAGGGAACCAGCCACGCCACAACGAUCGCCCGGAUCUGGACACAAGAAUGCAGCACGUGAGCGCUGCUAGCUCGGUGCCAUCAGUAGUAGCCCCUGUUGUGACCACUGGUGGGACGACGAUCACCUUGGGCGGCCCACCGCCGCUCCCCAAAUCGGAGCACAAAGAGGAUGGCAAGCCACCGCACGGCAUCGAGAUGUACAAGGUGAACAUCGAGGACAUUUCGCAGCUCUUUACCUACCACGAGGUCUUUGGCAAGAUCCACGGCGAUGUGGUCAACCAUCAAUUGGCGGCGGCCCACGGAGGGCAGCUGCCACCUCCUCCGCCGCUGCCGCCGCAGGUCACCAGCCAUGCGGCGAGUGCAGCGGCAGCCGCGGCAGCAGCGUCGACCAACAAUGCCGCCGUUGCAGCGGUAAUGGCCUCGGCGAAUGCAGCAGCGGCCGCGGCGGCGGCUGCUUCGGCGGGGGGAGGACUACCGCCGGCCACCAGCGGCAAUGGGGGCCAGCAGGUGACGGUGACGACGACCAGCAGCUCGACAAGCAGCGGCGGGAGCACCACCAGUGGGGGCACCACGACCACGGCGGGUGAGUUGCUUAUGCCUAAAAUGGAGGGCGGCAUUCAUGGCGUGGACGGCAGCGGAAACGGCGGCAAUGGCGGCGGGCAGAACGUGGCGCUGGCGCCGGACGGUACGCCCAUUGCGACGGGGACGCACGUCUGCGACAUCUGCGGCAAGAUGUUCCAGUUCCGGUACCAGCUGAUCGUGCACCGGCGCUACCACAGCGAACGGAAGCCGUUCAUGUGCCAGGUGUGCGGCCAGGGGUUCACCACAUCGCAGGAUUUGACGCGCCACGGCAAGAUCCACAUUGGCGGGCCCAUGUUCACCUGCAUCGUGUGCUUCAAUGUGUUCGCGAACAAUACGAGCCUGGAGCGGCACAUGAAACGGCACUCGACGGACAAACCGUUCGCCUGCACCAUUUGCCAAAAGACCUUUGCCCGCAAAGAGCACCUGGACAAUCACUUCCGCUCGCACACGGGCGAAACGCCCUUCCGUUGCCAGUACUGCGCCAAGACGUUCACGCGCAAGGAGCACAUGGUCAACCAUGUGCGCAAACACACGGGUGAGACGCCACAUCGUUGCGAUAUUUGUAAGAAGUCCUUUACGCGCAAGGAACACUAUGUUAACCACUACAUGUGGCACACUGGUCAAACGCCGCACCAGUGCGAUGUCUGCGGCAAGAAAUACACGCGCAAGGAGCACCUAGCCAACCAUAUGCGAUCGCACACCAACGAGACGCCGUUCCGUUGCGAGAUCUGCGGCAAGAGCUUUAGCCGCAAGGAGCACUUCACCAACCACAUACUCUGGCAUACAGCAGGCGAGACGCCGCACCGGUGCGACUUCUGCUCCAAGACGUUUACGCGCAAGGAGCACUUGCUCAACCACGUGCGCCAGCACACGGGAGAGUCGCCGCACCGCUGCUCCUACUGCAUGAAGACGUUCACGCGCAAGGAGCACCUGGUCAACCACAUACGCCAGCACACGGGUGAGACACCGUUCAAGUGCACGUACUGCACGAAAGCGUUCACGCGCAAAGAUCACAUGGUUAAUCAUGUACGGCAACAUACAGGCGAGUCGCCGCACAAGUGCACGUACUGCACUAAGACGUUCACGCGCAAGGAGCACCUGACGAACCAUGUGCGCCAGCACACGGGCGACUCCCCGCACCGCUGCUCCUACUGCAAGAAGACGUUUACGCGGAAGGAGCACCUGACGAAUCAUGUGCGCCUGCACACGGGCGACUCGCCGCACAAAUGCGAGUACUGCCAGAAGACGUUCACGCGGAAGGAGCACCUCAACAAUCACAUGCGCCAGCACUCGAGCGACAAUCCGCAUUGCUGCAACGUUUGCAACAAGCCGUUUACGCGCAAGGAGCACCUGAUCAACCACAUGUCGCGGUGCCACACCGGCGACCGGCCCUUCACCUGCGAGACGUGCGGCAAGUCGUUCCCGCUCAAGGGCAACCUGCUCUUCCAUCAGCGCAGCCACACCAAGGGCCAGGAGAUGGAGCGACCAUUUGCCUGCGAGAAGUGCCCCAAGAACUUCAUCUGCAAAGGUCACUUGGUCUCGCACAUGCGCUCCCAUUCGGGUGAGAAACCGCACGCGUGCACUCUGUGCAGCAAGGCGUUCGUCGAGCGCGGCAAUUUGAAGCGCCACAUGAAGAUGAAUCACCCGGAUGCUAUGAUGCCGCCACCACCCGUGCAUCCGCAUCCGCAAAUACCGGCUGGUGUGCUGACGCAAGUCAAGCAGGAAGUGAAACCGAUCAUAAUUCCCCACCACUCGGCGACCACCACGAUGCACACCAUUCAGCAGAUCACGGCGGGAGCGGCGGGCGGAGCCGGAGCAGUGCAGCUAACCCCGGGCCUGGUGCCCCUGGUCACCUCCACGCUCAUAUCGCAUAACGCGGCUGCCCAGCAGCAGUCGCAGAAGAAUCAAGCAGCCGCCGCAGCAGCAGCCCAGCAGCAGGCCGCAGCAGCCGCCGCUGCCCAACAGCAAGCGGCCCAGCAGGCUGCACAUCAGCAGCACCAACAGCAAGUGGCCGCCCAGCACCAGCAGCAGGCCGCAGUGGCUGCCCAUCAGCAGCAGCAACAGCAGUUGCAGCAGCAGCAGCAACUUCUACAGUUGUCCAUCCAGCAAGCAGCUCACCAUCAUCAGCAGGAGCAGCAUCGCCAACAGCAGCAGCAGCAACACCAGCAGCAACAGCAGCAGCAGCAUCACCAGCAGCAACAGCAGGGCCACCCUCAGGCCCCGCCACCGCAGCAGCAACAGCAGCCGCCGCCCAUCGCCCUGAUCAGCGAUCCAAGUGCUCUGGCACGCGCCGCCAUCCAGCUGCAGCAUCUGCCAGCGAACGUGGAACAGCACCCGGUUGUUUACUAACAGUAGCCCCUCCUGCACGGCUACACUCCCACCACAGCCCACUCCAGCAGCACGACCAGCACCUCCAUAGCCGCCACAGCGGCCGCGUCGACGCAAGCGGCGUGGUGAGGCCAGCGUGCCACCAGUGAGCCAGUGUGCCAGUGAGCCGAGCUGACGCGACAUCUCUAUAUAGGACACACACCAUAACAAGCACACCCCAUAUAAGCAGCUAGUUGUAUGUACAAUAGUUUUAGCGGCGCGCUGGUUACGCUGAUCUGUGGCCCCAGACGUAAUCGUAGUACGCAGGGGUUCUGGGGUGUGUCGAUUUUAAAAGAAACCGUUCGUGGGGGGAUUUUAACCCAUUUAUCCGAAAGUGGAAUAGCACAUUUUAAACUUGAACGAAAAAAAAUUGAUCUGGAAUGCCGUUGGAAUGGCAACAAUUUCUGUGGCACCUCUGAACAUUUUGAGAAACCUUUUGACAAGAAUUCAAAUUAUAUAUAUAUUCUUAGAACGAAUAACAUAUUAAGCAAAUUUGGUCUCCCAAGAAUCAGAACACCCCAGAACAUUCCCAGAUGCAGUAACGACUCGCCUUUCCCCUUUACCAAUCGCAAACGAACUCAACACUCCUUAACUAGUCUGCCGCCGCCAGCUUUAACGUGCAAUACGAAUCAUCUCAUAGUUUGUUCUCGGUAUCUCUCUUUGUGUAUCUUUAAUGCUUAGACGCUUAGCGUCUAAUUUUAUUCACGUGUUUUCUACAUUUCUGAAAUGUGUGCCAGGCGGCGCGUGGUUUCGGAUGGGUCGAUCGUUAGGUUUUCGUAUUACCCGGUUGCUACUUAGCUGCGCUCAGUGCAUCGUACGGGUCCGACGACCAUUCGACUCGUCCACUCUUCUCGCUAGACACUUUUAAGAAGGGGUUUUUGUGGCCGUAACCAGCGAAAGCGCACCAUCUUGUAUUUUUAUUGUGUUUCUACUAAGUUACGAUUAUAUCCAUACGGAGCGACAUUCAUAGAAAGCAUCCUCAUCAUACAUAAACAUAUGCAGAUGUGCAUAGGCAUAAAAUUAUAACAUAUACUUAUAGUUUGUAAAUAACACGCAACAAGACCCUUGGAAAUCUUUCGAAAAUUAUUAUCACAAUUGUAUUAUUUUUGCAUUUUCCAAGGCGACUAAUUGAUAGCGAGCAAACACGCGUACUCUUUCACAUAUAUUGGCCAAGAGUAGUCCUUAACCCAGUUUACAAUGUCGAGCCCCGAGAGUGGGGCUGUGAUCAUUAUGAGAUAUAUAUUAUUAUGAGACAGCGGAAAUAGAAGCAGCAUAACAGCAGACACGACUAACGAGAUAAUGAAAGGGGAUUAAACAAACAAAUUAUUAUAUUUAAUGUUAGUUGAACUACUAAAAGUAAUAAUUGAGAACGCGGAUCGCCCGAAUGGAGAAGGGGGCUCCGCUUGAGCGAGAGAGUAGUUUUUAGUUGGGCGUGUCGCCCGAUCAUUAUGAUUACAAUUACAAUUACGAUUAUGAUAUAUGAAUACUAAACCUAUAACAACAAGUUAUUACCCCACUAUUAAAGUUAACAAGCAACAACAACAACCCAUACAUAUAUAUACGACUAGGCACAACUCUAAAAUUAAUUAUAACUCUUAACUGUGCUUAUGUUGAAAACAACAAACAUUAAGAACAAGUGAAAGCCGUAACGAAUUAUAAGUGAAACAAUUAACGAGGAAGCCCAAGCGCCACAAGCAACAACAUAUCUGCUUUAAAUUUUACAAAAAAUAAAACUGAAAAUGAAAAUAAGAACAUAUUAACAUGAGUCACCGUUUAAUAAUUUUACGAAGAACCACAAUACACAACCAGAAGUACUGACAGACACCCCGCACAUUAUGCUUCCUUUAAAUGCAACAUUUUACACAUUUAAUUGUCGAGAAUUAAAUGCUUAAAAUACAAUUUAAAUUUAGUUUACCAUACUGUAACUUUACACGAAUAAACGGAAAAUGUAAAACUGUUUGUUUGACCAUUUGAAGACACGACUUGGUUUUAUUUAACGCGUUUAUAGGCAACAAAGUGAAAGUUUUAAAUACACCAAGAAUGCAGGGAACAAUUGAAAAUUGUAUAAAAAUCAUCAUUGAAACAUUCAACACGAUCACGUUUUGCUUUAAUACACUGAAAGCUGAUUUUGAAAGCCUCAAACACUAUCAUGCGUCUAUAUUAUGUAGUUGAUUGUCCGUAUUAGUUUUCGGUGUUUUUGGAUUUUUGGUGAUGUGUAUAGAGCGCAGUAUAUAAAAUGCAUAUAGAGAUAUAUAUUAUUGUACGAUUAUUAUCAAUACAUAGCUGAUAUGUAUGUGUAGUAUGUGAAAGGCAAUUUUAAGUAACGACCCCAAGGAGCAAAUUCACUUGUGUUGCAAUAUUAAAACAAACGAAAUAGUUUAUAUGUAAGUUGCGUAGUGCAUAAUGUGAGAAUAGAGUAACUUUCUCCACCCACACUCACUGACAGACAGACACCCAUUAACCUUAUAAAAUAUGCUGGGACAGCGCUGAACAUGUUUCCUAAAGGCAGCGAACACGUGGAGAAAUUAACAGGAGAAGCUGAAGAAAACGCUUGGAAGGCCCCAAUUAACGUAACAUUAAAGCAACAAACAGUAACAAUACUAAAUAGAAACAAUAAUGUACUAUAAAUCAGAUACAAUACAACACUAUAUAUACCUAAAAUAUAUGCCUAUACGACAGAAAUUGGACAACAAAUGAAAUGCAUAUAAAUAUAUAUAUAUAUUAUAUAUAGUAUAUAUUGUACAAGUUACGAGUAAAAUGUAAUUAAAAUUGAUGAAGUAGUAAGCACUAAACAAAACAAAUAAAUGAGCAGCAAAACGCGCAGCAUAAGCAUAAAA